AUGGACGACCUGACUAUUAGUGAGACCCUUCAUAUUGUGAAUAACUUGUGCUCUAGUAAUCUCCAACAAAGCUCGAAUGAUAUUUGUGAAUUUGUACACGAAAAGAAAAUGAUGCUUAACCCAGUAAAAUGCAAAGAAAUGUUUGUCUGUUUCAAAAGAGUACCUCCAGUGAUUGAUAAUAUUACCAUCAACAACGUCCCAAUUGAAAGGGUAUCUACCUAUAAAUUACUUGGGGUUAAUCUGUCAUCAAAUCUUAAGUGGAAUGAGCAUGUCAAUAUGAUAACAAAGAAAGCUGCGAAGCGUAUUUACUCUGUGAGACUUCUGAAAAGGGCGGGCGUUGCAGAUACGGAUUUGGUCACUUUCUACUCAACGUGCGUAAGAACAGUAUUGGAGUAUGCUUGCCCUGCAUGGUUUUACAGUACUACUGAAUACCUUAGAGAACAAAUUGAAUCCAUCCAACGCAGGAUCAUGCGAAUAAUUUUCCCUGAUACUAGUUACCAAAAAGCCUUAGAUCUUGCUGGCAUCCCUCGGCUAUGUGUGAGAUUGGAAGACCUAUGUGACAUGUUUUUCUCCAACAUCAUGAAGGAAAACCAUAAACUACAUAACCUUUUACCACCUACUUACCAAACUCAUUAUAAUACCAGGUCCCAGGCCUCUGGAAUACAAUUCCAGUUGCCAACAUAUAAAACUAAUAGAUCUCGAAACAAUUUUAUUGUCAAAUCUGCUGUGAAAUGGAACAAUGCGAUUAGGAAGAACAUAGGGAAUGUAUAGCCCUACAUAUUUUUAAAAUGAUGACUUUUUAGAAUUUAGUGUAAACAAUUCAGUAUAUACUAUACAGUAUUCUUAGUUUUGUUGUUUGUAGUUGUUUCCCCUUUUACCUUUCUAACGCAACAUUCUAAUGGGUAAAUUUAAUUUAGUCUUUGACUACGAUUUGCUCAAAUUAAAGCUAUUAUUAUUAAAGUUUAUUAAAUUAAAUCUAAUGAAUUCGACAUUUCCAGAUGGACUGCCCUCGUUGCUAAGCAGGUGAACAGGCACAAGUACCGUUUCGGUCUGAUCUUACCACGUCCUUGUUUUGUUAAAAAACAACCUGCAUAAUUGAUUCCAAUUCUGUCGAAGGCUCGCAACGAAUACAAUCUCGCCUUAGGUAAAGGGGCCAUCAUUUGACCGGCUGUUUGCAUAGAAAACUUUGUCGGCAUUCUGGACAAGACUUGAUGAUGUUCCGCACUACACGCCGUCCUUUCUCAAUCCAAAAUCGCACUUGCAAUUGUGUUAAAGUAUGUUCUAUACCAGACCCAUGGCCCAAGUGUCUCAUGUGCAUCAAGAACUACAAGGCGUGUCAGGUGGUGAUUCUUUGGCAGGAGGAUAGGAUACUUUGUGUCGUAUGGGAUGUCUUCAGCGAGACGUAAGCGUCCAUUAAUACGAAGUAGGUCAUUAUCAUUUUUUGUCGGGUUUAAUUGGACUAGGGACUUUUCAUUUAUGCCUUUAGGAAAAGUUUCUGUUUGCGUAUGUUUGAUCCAAAACGUCUCAGCAUCAGAGAUCUCAGCAGAAGAAAGUGUUCUUUCAUAGUUCCGUCCAGAUUUCCCACGAAUUUUACAAUUGGCGAUGAACCGCUUAAUCCAACCCGUCACACGAUAUAGACGUUUGAGGCUUAAGAAGUGUGUAGGAUCAAUGCUAGUAAAUUCAUAGUUCUUAGUUGCAUAUGUCGUGGUUGAUCGCCUUUCACACUGGUCAGAUUUCUGCACGUCUUUACUAGGAGGUGUGGUUGGCCAGGCACUUUCACCGUCUUUUACGAAUGAUGGUCCUUCCAUCCAAAAUUUGUUCUCACUAAGGUCUGCCACCGAUAAACCUCCGGUUGGUAAAUCCGCUGGAUUCUCCGUCCCCGGUACGUGCCGCCACUGUUCUGGACUUGUUGUACGCUGAAUUUCCCCAAUUCGAUUAGCUACGAACGGUAUAAAUUCGCGACUCUGGUUACGUACCCAGUAAUACACAUUCUCUGAGUCUGUCCAAUAGAUCACUCUGUCCACGGUUAACACGUUUAGGAUACUUGCGGCUAGACGACUUGAAAGAACAGCUCCCAUUAGCUCUAGACGGGGAAUGGUCACCACUUUCAAAGGUCACACACGGCUCUUUGACGCAAUGAGACGCGAAGUAGAGGGGUUGUUGGUGUACUGGCAAACCAAAUAGGCAACGGAGGCAUAAGCAUCUUUUGAUGCGUCGGAAAAGAGGUGUAGAUCACCCGUCUUUGGGUUUGAUAGGCGUAAACAUCGUGGGAUGGCAACGCACGAUAAGCUCUGGAGUUCAGAUACCCAGUUUUCCCAUUUCGUGCUAAGAUUACUAGGUAAGACAUCGUCCCAAUCUAACCCUGCUGUCCAUAUUUCUUGCAUGAUAAUCUUGGCGCGGAUCACGAAAGGUGCCAGAAACUGAAGUGGGUCAUAUAGGGCGGCUAUUGCACUUAGAACGUUUCGUUUGGUAGGAAUGACACUCAUAUCAGGUUGCUUGGUUUGGAAUAGAAAAACGUCUCUCGCCGCUUCCGAUCCCACGUAACUCCUAAGGUCUUGGUUUUAGCAAGCUCUCCGUUGUUGAUCUCGAUUGCAGGUAGACGAUCGCCCACGGGAAUGUUUUCUAUUACUGCUGCCUCAUUUGAUGACCACUUUCGCAGGUUGAAUCCAGCUAUGGCUAACAUGUCGGACAAUUGACGUUGCAAAUUUUGUGCACUCUCCACGGUUUCGCUAGAACCUAAUAAAUCAUCAACAUACAUGGAAUUGUCAACGGAUUUGGCUGCCUCCGGAUAUUCUGUUUCGUGGGCUUGUGCAUGGCAUGAAGAACGUACUGUGGGCAGAAUGGUGAUGCCGUGUUGCCAAACAACAUUCGCGAAAACUCAUAAACGUACGAUGUAUCAAAAUCUCGCCACAGGAACCUAUGAUAUGGACGGUCUUGUUCCCGGAGACCAACUUGUAAAAACAUUUCGGAAAUAUCGGCAGUAAGGGCUACUGGGGCUCUACGGAAACGUGUAAGAACAUCCACAACUUCUCUUUGCAGCUUGGGACCUGGUCGUAUUGCAUCAUUCAAACUUUUGCCUUCGUGUUUCAUCGCAGCAUCGAACACCACACGGACCUUCGUCGUAUCUUUAUCAAGUCUAAUAACGGGGAAAUGCGGAAGGAACCAUUGCUCCUUUGUCUCGGAUUUUGGUACCUCCUUUAUGUAAUCUUUCUUCUCAUACUCUUCAAAGACAUGACUGUAGGCUUUCAUAACAUCCGGGCCUUUUCUUUUUAGAGAUUUUUCCUGACCUUUGAGUCGUACCAAAGCAGCUUCGUAACUGUUUCCCAACUUUGGUUCGCCUUCUCUCCAUGGAAUUCCCACCGUGUAUCGCCCAUUCUCAAAGGUAAGGGUCUCAGCGACUUUUGUCAUUGCUGCCUUUUCUUCGACUGUCAUCUGCUUGCCUGAUUCUUCCUUGAUCCCUAUUGACUCAAGUUCCCAGAACUUUCUCAGAAUGUCAUCGGGUGGUGGUUGCUUGCUCACCUGGUUGCUGCGGUAUGUCCGAGUAAAGUGAGACUGGGAUUCCUGCCGGAAUUCCUUCACGUAGGACCAAAACAUACCCAGCCAAGGUUUUGCAAUCGUGCUAUUGGAUCAUUAUGUCGACUACCAUGAAUUUCCUUUAACACCAAAUGAAACAGUGGAUGGUCACUGCCAAUCAUGACAUCAAUGUAACGUCGUCUGGAUACAUUCUCAAAUGGGACUUGGCGUAGAUGUGGCCAUUUUUCUUUCAAUUCUGACCACUGAAAUGCUGGCGUGUCACUGGCGAUGUUAUCUAAUACGUGUGCUUGCAAGGGUGCUGUGAAUGUCCCAAUGAGACUAGUCACUGACAGUUCCACACGUCUUGACCCUAUCUGAAUCUCUGUUCCUCCUGUUCCUGCAAUUGUCAGAUUUAACGAUUGCCCUUGCAGCUCCAGCUCUCCUGCAGCAUGUUCCGAAAUAUAAGAACUUGUUGAACAUGGAUCUAACAUUACAUUGACUUUCAACUUCUUCUGACCAUCGCUAAUAAUGGCUGGAAGAACCAUUAAUGAAACAUUAUCAGUCUUACUCGUUUUGUGAGUCCUCUCUUGCGUGGAUGAUUCGGAUCUCUGUUGGUUAUUGAUGUCCAUUCUACCAGACUGUUCGGUUCUUGCUUCUUGGGCUGGUGGCUGUCUUGGAUAGAAGGUUGGCGCCUCUGGUUCUAACUGCUGUCUAGCAUUUGUGUUUCCAUUCUGUGGGGUGCUUUCAUGAAUAUAACUUGCAAUGGUUGUUGCUCUGGCAUCCGUCAACUCCGCAUUUUCUUGCUUUACGACAAUCUUUGCUGUGAUGCCCAGCUGCCAGGCACCGAUAACAACGGCUGCUUUUUGAAAUUAAUUACUUUCUCUUCUGUACAGGAAGUCUCUUGAAAGCAUCACAAACCCAUGGUGGAUGGUCUUGUUUGCAUGUGCUAACAAUACAAUGUCUGGUUGAAAAUCGUGUGUUGAAUCCUCGGAAACGCGGUCGUUUAUCACGAUUCUUGUUACUCCGUUCCUCAUUCUUCUUACCAAAUCCUUCAGUCUCCUCUCUCGCUUCCCCAAUGACUUGCACUCGAGUUCCACCCAGUUUACCAGCGAUUCGAAGCAAUCUUCUCGAGCAUAGUCUAUCAACCAGUAUUUAUACGCUUGAACAUCCCGUUCGGUUAGCUUUUCUUUUGCUGAAAAGUUCAGGUUUUGAUCUUGUAAGAAUCCACAAUUGUUGAUAGUGAUCAAAAUUUUCUCUAGUAGGGCUUGAAAUUCUUCCAAGUCUUGUAAAUUGUGGGACCGAACCUUAGGCCAAUUACGCCAAGUUGUAAGCUGCUUUAUUUGUUGGCGCCUCUCUCCCCCAUACCUCUUCUCUAACUUCGACUUUGCUCGUUCAUAUGCAGCGCUUGAAUAUCCCAAAUAUUUUACCAAGGUCAGUGCUUUACCAGCUAAACUGCUUUGUAACCUGAGCAUUUUUUCACCAACUGGAAUGUUCUGCACAUCAACCAUUGCCAUAAAUGCUGCCUUCCAGGGCUCAUAAUUGGUUUUAUCCUCUCCAAAAAACUUUGGAAGGUCAACUCCUUUCAACUUGAUGGGUGAUCGGGUUAUUGUUUCAACUGGUACUCCCUCAGGCAAUCCUGUUGUAAAAUUAUGUUUCGUAAGAAAAUCCUUUACAGUAUUACAAUCUUCGACUAGUUGUCGUUCCGCAUUUUCUGCUCGUGACUUAUUGAGCUCAGCUACUUUUAAUUUCUUGCUUCCUCUGUUCGCUGCUUGGUGAGUUCAAGUUCAGCUGCUAAUUUUCUCAUCUGUUUUCUUUCUCUUGUUGUUCCUUUUCCAUUCUCUGCAAUUUGUCAUUCGCAUUCUUAGCUUCUAAUUGUUUUUGCUCUACGUGUGAAGGUGUUGUUGAAGGUAUAUUGGGGGGAGGGGGUACUUUGGAGGGCAGAUUGGGGGGUACAUUGGGGGGUACUUUGAUGGGUACAUUGGAGUGUACAUUGGGCGGCACAUUGGAGGGUACAUUGGAGGGUACAUUGGGGGCACAUUGGAGGGUACAUUAAGGGGUACAUUGAAGGAUACAUUGGAGGGUACAUUGGGGGGGGGGGUACGUUGGAGGGUACUGAAUCUUUAUCCACACAAACAUGUGAUUUAAGUGAAAGUAAUACUAACUCCCUGCAUUAAUUCUCUCUUCUAUAUGUUUUUCUGCUCCUUCAAUAAUUACAUCAACUGAAUAUCCAAUGUCCUCUAACUUUUUGUCUAAUGUAUAUAUUACUGUAUUAGUCUCUUCAUUGUCCUCAGUCAUGACAAACACUCCUUUCAAACUAUCGAUAAUCUUUGUAAUAAUAUUCAUCUCAGAAUUAAUUUUAUGUACGGCUCCCUCUUACAACAUUCUUGCUAGGUAGUGUCACAUCUUGUGGUCGAUUUUCAAUAAGGUUACUCAACUGUUUUUUGGCUUUAGUCAUUCUACUUUUGGCUAAUUUCGUAUUAUUUCGUAGACUUUGAAUCUUUGUACUUACGGUACUUCCACUUUUGACGCUUUCUUGGUCAAUACGGUCAGCUUACAUAGUUGUCGUUGUCUCAGAUAUGUCUUUUUCCUGUCCUUCGGCCAUGUUUGUCUGAAUUGACGCCAUUUUGAAAUCGUCAAACAAUCGUACUAAAAUUGCAAAAUUUCUCACUCGUUUGUCAAUAGAUCCGGCUCCGAAAAGGACCAAAUGUUCUCGUCUGUUAGAACGGUCGUUAAAGGUCUUUAAACGAAGCAGAUUCUCUAUAUAACUGUCAAAUAACUCUUUAUUUUAUCCCGAUUUAAAAAUACAAAAUACGCUGUCUUAAAAUCAACACUAAAAGACGCCCGCAUUACGCAAACGCAGCGGUUAUAUAUGUCUCAAUACGUUAUAUUACAGGGAACGAUUCGUUCCUUAACAGGUAUCCUUUUGUAGAGUUUUGGCCAGGGGUGGGUAUUUAUUUAUUACAAGGUUGGGCCAUCAAGGUUGGGCAAUCAAAUUUUUGCCAUGAAAAACAUUUCUCCUCGGUCCCACCCUCGCCAUAAAUAAUGACCGGUCCCUAAAAGCGUUUGAAAAGUAGAAGAAAGUUGCGAAUUGAAAAGGAUUCAACUAGCCGCAAAAUACAACAAAAACGUUUACGUUUCGAGCGAAGGUCCCUUGCCUGACAAGUUACUAACUUACUGGCGUGAUCAGAUAUUUGUAUGUAACAGAUAUUU